AUGGAACCAGUAAAUUCAGGCUUACCGAGGUUUGAUCCGAGCGACACCUCCACCGUUUCAAACCGAUGGAAGAAGUGGAAGCGGUGUUUUGAGAUAUUCUUGGAGGUAAACAAUGUUACCAUAGCAGAGCGGAAACGUUCAUAUUUACUACACUACGCCGGCAGCGACGUGCAAGAUAUUUAUUUCAAUCUGAAAGGAGAAGAUGAGAUACAUGUUCCGAACGGGUCGGAUAUUUACAAAGAAGCAAUUAAACUACUGGACGAUUACUUUUUGCCGCUGAAAUGUUUACCAAGAGAGCGACAUAUUUUUAGAAAUCUGGAACAAGCGGCGGAUGAAUCAAUCGAGAAAUUUGUACUACGCUUACGUGAACAAGGAAAUUUGUGCGAGUAUGGAGAGUGGCUAGAAGAAAACAUCAAGGAGCAAAUUUUCGAGCGAGGACACUCUGACGAAUUGAGAGCCAAGAUUUUAACGAAAGGUAACAUGACGCUUGCACAGACAGUAGAGAUGGGUCGUUCACUUGAGACCAUCGCUAAGCAUCGACGAAAUCUACAGAAGCAUGAAGAGGUAAAUCGCAUUUCUAGCUCGAGGGAAUGUUAUCGGUGUGGCCGCCAGGGCCAUUACGCAAACGACGAAGAUUGUCCGGCACGUGACAAGAAGUGUGAAAAAUGUAAUCUACUGGGACAUUUUAAACGAUGUUGCAAAACUAAGCCGAAAAAUUCACGCAAGAACAAAGAAGGUGGAAAGAAAAAAGUACGUCAAAUCGUGAGCGAUAAUUCAGACACUGAGGAAGAGGAAUGUCGAGAUUCAACAUCUGAAGAUGGAAAUAACGUCAACUUUGUGUUUGCAACCAAUCCGGACCAAAAUGAAAUGGUUAAAUGUAAGAUCGGAGGAGUAAAAUUGAAUUGGACGAUCGAUUCCGGAGCAGGAGUUAACGUUAUUAGCAGUGAAACAUGGAAGUACCUGAAGGAUCAUGAAGUGAAGGUUCAUUACCAUACCGGUCAUGUUUCGAAAACAUUAUUAGCUUACGGGAAUAAUAAACUAUCGGUAAAAGGGAUGUUUGUUGCAGAAAUUGCCACCAAGAAGUCAUCGAUAAGAGGCAAGGUGUAUGUCGUCCGCGAAGGCGGCAAUAACUUACUGGGACGGAAGACUGCAAUGGAACUGGGUAUCCUUAAAAUAGACACAUCUAUUUGUGCGGUUCAGUCGAGUGAAGAAAAGAUCGGGAAGGUGAAGGAUGUCCUCGUCACCGUGCAGGUGGACCCAACAGUCAAACCAGUUCAACACACACAAAGUCGUGUUCCGAUUCCUCUGCAACCGAAAGUUGAGAGAGAAAUAGAGAAGUUAUUGAAGCAGGAUAUAAUUGAACCAGCGCCACGAGAUUCGCCGUAG